UCGUGCGCAGGCUCACUUUAACUGCUUUUCCUCUUCAUGUAGGCUUUAGAUAAAUUAGAUGUGAUUCAGCAGGCAUUUUAAACACUGGGGUGUCUCCUACCCUAGAGCUCUGCAAUCUGGCUCCCCAGUAAGAGCUUUCUUUUUCUCAUUCACAGUCCCUUUCUCCUCUAUCCUCUCCUGACUUUUCCUAUUGCACCGUGCUCAGUUUCCCUCUUCCUCCAGUGCUAUUGUUGGCCCUUCAUUGCGUAUAGAAAUUGUAUUUAAAAUCCUUAAAUCCUUGUCAAAAUUUCUCCCUGUGUGCAAGAGAUUACUGCAAGCCAGUAUUAUUCUGAAAUAGCUUUACUAGGCACUCUCCCUCCCCACCAAUCUUUCAGCAUGUACUCUGAUUAUUACCUUUACAAUGGCAUGCAGAAAAGCAUCCUUUUUAGGUCCCCUAAAAACCUGUAAAUCACCCACUGAAGUUCUUACAAGGCAAAGAGUAAUCACUAAAAAAAUGAUUGUUAUGCUGCUUGUGAUAAUAAUAAUAAAGAGCUAUUGCAUCUUGGAGCUUUGUCACAACGACUGAGUCACACUAACACCUUGGUUGUCUGCUAGAAUGCACUAGAAGCCUCUUUUUUCAUAUAGUUUUGGCUCAGUGGGUCUAAUACACUCCAGGCCCAGUUGUCCAUAGCUUGAGGUUAGGAGGCUCCUCAUAGACAUCAUGGAUGAGGUAGGAUGAGAUGGAGAUGAGCCCAUCUGGCCGAGACAGCUGGGUCCACAGCUGGAGGGACAGACAGUGACAGCUGACUCAACACACAGUGUUAGGCGGCAGGGAUGGAUGGAUGACUGGAGGGAGAAGAAGAAAGCAGUGGAGAGACGAUAUGUAGAGGUGAGAAGAGAUGGAAAAGGCUUGCCAGGCUACCAGCAAUAUUCUUAGUCUGCAUUUCUCUGACGGUGCAGUCGAGGUGGAGAAAGAGAACGUCAUUUAGUUUAUUGCCGAACAGAAAUGUAUUCAAAUUACCAAGUAUCAGCGUGAGGGUACUUAACUCUGUAACUUUUAUUUUAUGUUAUUUUAUAUUAUAAGCCAACAAGAUUUUAACAGCAUCACACAGGAUACAUGCGACCUUGAUGUACAGUUGUGAUCAGAAGGUCCGACUUCCAAAGUGGGUGCAGAAGUUUGAAGUUAUUUAUCCAAAAUAAAUUCAAACUUAUGUGGCCAGUUCUUGUUUUUUUUAAGUCACUACCCAUGACAUUAAUGCCCAUGAUGAGUGGAUGUAAAGUUCUGAUCUGGAUUAAAAAGGAAAUGUAAUCAUAUUUGCUUGUCUGACAUCAAAACAUGAUCAACACGAGCAAUACCAAAAUAAAAUUUAGAGCCUAUAAACCUCUAACUUUAUAUUCUAAUAUUAUGUGGACACUACUUCACAAUACACAAAUGUCCAAUUUAUGAUUACAAAUGAAGUAAACAGAAGAAAUGAAAUGCUAAUAAAAAAAGGAGAAUAAACAGAUAAGCGGUGCCAUAACCUUCUGUUGGUGGCUGUGUAGAGAUCUAUGCAUGAUUACCUGUUUAAAAAUUAAAGAAAGAGUUUGUUUGCAGCAUCCACCAUCGUCUUACCACAGGGUGAAUCAAGCCUCAUCUGUCCCCGUGUUGUCACCAGAGUGAAUGAUUUUGACUGUGGGUGGAAAUAAAGCUGAUUCAGCGGAUGAGACAGUGUUACAGCCCCCUGAGGGCCAAGCCAUACCUGCACUAUUAAAUAUUCAACAUCCCAGCCAACUGAUAGAUAUCAAAUCUUUGUAAUUACCAAACAUCCAAUUAACAAGGACAGUGAGAGCUAACAUAAGAUUGGCAGACAAUGUCAUUCAGCGUAUGAUCAUUAAUGAAAUCUUUGAAAAAAAGGUUUCUUUACAACGCAGCGGAAAGGAAGAGGGGCGGGGUGAGCGAGUGAUUUAUAUUUUAUCCUCAUCUCCUUGCUGUCUCCCUAUGACUCCUCUUGAGGAUAUAUCAUUUCACAUGAUUAAGAUGUGUGCAACCUGCUCCUCCAUCCAAGCGAAACAGGAGACACCCCUCUUGGUUAGUUAUCUUUCCUCUCUUCUCUCUAACUGUAGCUUCUCGUUCUCCCACCACACUUUUUUUCUUUAAUAUCUACCCUCUAAUUACCAAACAAUUCCUGCUUUUUGCCCCCUCCUGUGUCUUUCAACCUGAUUGAUUCGUUUUAUAUAACCCUUCUCUUUACUGUUUUGUAUUGAUGUCAAUGGUUUAACCCUCUGUGUUAUUAUCCUUUUCAGUUCCUGUUACCUUGAUAUCUUACACCACAAAGCAGCGUUUAAGUAGAUAUUCUUAGUUUUCAAAGCUAUUGAAGCCACAAUGCUAUUAGUGAAUUCCUUUGCUCAUAACUCUGUGCUCUAAUGUAUCCAUCAGCUGUACAGAUGACUUAAUAUUUUCCUCUCAUUCUCCAUUACACUCAUUUUUUGUGGCUUACUUUGAAGGCAUUGUUGGGUAAAUGUAUGCAUCUGAUUACCGACAGGAUAAUUGAUGCUGGGUUGGUGGGAAACCAAUAGAUUUUAAUUACAAAACCUCCCUGAGAGCAGCAUAUUAAAGUAAGUAAAUAAACAGUAUGAAUCACAUUACCAGCCACAAAUUGGCUGCUGGCCCAUAUUACUGUCUUUUCCGGCCCUAAAUGCUACAGUUCUGUGGCUGCGUUAUAAACCGUUAGGGCUGAUGGGUCGUUUGGGUCAAGUGACACUGCUGGGAGCAGGAAAAAGCUGUGGUGUAGUAGUAGUAGUGAUUGCGUUGUCUAUUAGUAUUCUACUAUUUAAAAUGUGUUGUGUUUCUAAUUAUUUCUGGCUUUAAAGGCACAGCAUGGUUUCCCUACAAUCUGACCAAAGCGCAAACAACUAGACACGUGAAAAUCAAAUCACGACUCUUUUGUGUUUCACCUGUGCAAUACCUAAUACAAUUAUACAAUCCUAAUAACUUGUAUUUUCACAAAUAAAUAGAAAAAUGUCUUCUUAAAAUGGCAUCUUUUAAAAAUAAAUAAAUAAUUAAAAUAAUGCUUUAGUGCCUACCAGCCUCAAGAUAUUGUUUAUAAGCCAAAACACCAAGACAAGUACAAAGAUUGUCAAAUAAAUGAAUAAAUAAGUAGCGAGUUACAUAUCAAAGAACCUUUUUUCCCUACAUGUGUUUUGUUCAGAUAACAGUACCUGUUAAUAGCGUGCUUUGAGGAUCUCUGGCAUCUUUCUGAGAGGACAACUAAAUAUGAAAGCAGAACGGUUCAUCUGGAUAGUGCUCUGGAGAGCAUAACACAUGAAAUAACAAAUCGCAAUUAUCAGGGUUUGAUUGUGAAAAUGUUACAUUUUACUGACGAGAAACCUUGCAGCUAUUUUUCUGUCAAAGGCAAAAGUGGCUUGAUACCAGCGUUGUAUCUAAAAAUCUUUUUGAAACUGGAAACUAGCUCACAUUCAUCAUUUUUGUAAUGGUUGUGUGGGUUUUUUGGAGCACAAAACAAUGUUGUACUAGGAAUAGUGGCAGCAGAUUAGAAAAUACACAAAUAUGUUACACUGGAAAGCCAUCACAAGCAAACUGCUAAAUAGUGAAAGGAGUCUUGUCACUAUAUGCGGAAAUCAUGUGAUAUCCAUUUGAACUGUUUGAGAGUAUGCUUAAAGUUACCCAAGUACAAAUUGACUAGCCAGUGUUUUCACAAAGGUAAUUUGGAACAUGAUAGCUUACAGGUCGAAGCACUAAUAACUAACUGCUUUUUAAGUGUGCCCAGUUGGAGCCCAGUGAGAUAUAUUUAUUUCCCAGUUUGCUGCAUCCAGCAGUGCACUUACAUAAGCGGCCAACAUUGUGGCUCAGUCUGGAGGAAGUUUCCCAGCAGUGCACUUACAUAAGCGGCUAACACGGGGCCUCAGUAUGGGAGAAAGCUACUGAAUAGCACAAACAGGAGACUGGAGUUAAAAAUUGAUGACUUGCUUUUUGUGUCCCCCCUCCCCUCCCCUCGCUCCAACAAAGAGAUUCAACUUGUCCUACUUUCCUGACGUCACCUAAUGGAAAAAUGCAAGCCUUUCUGUCUACUUCCUCUUUGGGUGUCAUUGCUGCUUACAUCCGUUUCAUCUAUCUAUGCAUUAACAGUGUACACAUACAUAAUCACUAUGAAUGUGUUUUCUUAAAAAAAGGAAAUCCCCUUUCACUUUGUACUUGUGUCAUAUUAGCUUCUUAACAUCAAGCGGUGUUUGAGGUCUAAUUAAUUAGGUGCAUAAUGGCAAGAAGGUUUCCUCAGGACUUGACUGUAGCAUAGAGGCUUUGAUCCCAUAUCUGUCUGCAAACUAAGCCCACUUCCUCCUAUGACCUCACUUGCCCCGAGGGAUUUUAGAGUGUGUUGUUUCAUGUACAGCAUCUUAAGCACACAUAUUUUAGCCACUGGGAUUGUAGGAGUGUCUGUGCAUAAUAGUAUCACUGACAUGAUGACUGUGUGUGUGUGUAAUACAAUUAGUAUGCAUGCAUGUGUGUCUGGAGUGAUUGUUCACCUGUGUGUAUUUUUGUGUUCUGUAUUCCUUGUUUUUUUGUUUUUUUUUCUGUGCCGGAGGGGAGUGCAGCAGCAGGUGUUGGCAGUCCUCUGUGUUUUUCAUCAUAAUGAGUUCCCAGUCCACACGCCGUCCUCUGAAGGAAACAUCUAUAGUUUCAGUGACAGUCUCGUAAUAAACCACAACACUUCCUCCAUACCUUUGAAUUUGUUUUUAAACAAGGUUCACGUAGAAGUGGUAAUUGUCAGAUUGGUAUAUUAUAGACAUACAUUUCCUGUUUAAUUUGUGCUUCUUAUUGACCUUUUCACAUUUUCCCUCUGUUUUUUGACUGCUCUAAGCAUUGCCACUUUCUUUCGUUGUUGUGGAUGAUUUUAUAGCCACAACUUAAAAUUAAUUUUUAUACUUUCAAGACAUGCAUUUGUUUGACUUGCAGUACCCUUAAAGACAGCAAAAAAAGGGGAGGGAAAUUGUACAAAAACAACUUGUUUGUCUGCUUUUACCUGUGUUGUUCCAUGUGGCCUUGCAUGGAAAGUUCCAGGUGUGCAGCAGGAAAGAGAUUAGCUAAAGUGUUUCAUAUGGUGUAACAAGCUUAACUGUUAUAUAUUUGCUCAUUUAUGUUUACUAUUCGGUGCACUGACUAUUUUAGAGCAAAGCUGAUGUCAUAUAAAUGAAGUGAGUUUGUGGCAGUUUUCUACAUUACUUUUAAAUGAAUUUGUUGUAUUACAAAAUAAAAGACUCUAAAAAGCUAUUUAAACCUAGUUGACCCUAUGUGAAAAAGUAAUUACCUCCUAAACUCAAUAACUGUUUGUUCCAUGCUUGGCACCAAGAAUUACAAUCAAGCCUUUGCGAUAACUGGCAAUUAGUCUUGCCCCACUUUUCCUUGCAGAAUUGUUUUAAUUCAGCUGUAUUGGAGAGUUUUCAAGCAUGAAUGGCCUAUUUGAUGUCAAUCAAUCAAAUCGAUUGCAGUGUGUUGACACUCUGUCUGAUUUGUUCACAGUUAUUUGCAAACCUUCACCAAUCUGUCUCAUAGUGAUUGCAGUCAGUCUGAAUUGGACCGUGAUUGUUUGGAGAAAGAUUGCCUCCCAACAGGCGACCUAUGCAGUCACCUUGCGAUCAAAAGUGAUUGCUUAGAGGUUGAGGGUGUGGUUUACCUCUGGGCAGUCAGCUGGUCACUGCAGCUACUUGCAGUUGGUCACAAAACAAAACAAUAGUGGAUUUUUCUUUUUCUUGGUUGCAUAGAGGUUGCUAUUUUUACUCUGAUGUCACUGAGCCUUUACUUGACAGCAUUUCAUACUGCCAGAUGUGAUUUAUCAGAGUCGGUUUACUUGCCAUUCAUUUUCUUUCCAGAAAGGAUGUAGCUAAUUGUGCAUUAACCUUUGGAUGUAUCAGUCUCCCAAUCAGUGUUGUAGAGCUUCUGUGCUUAGCUUGCAGACGCUUUUUCGUAUGUUCUUUGUAGCGUAAAGGCACUAAUCAUCCAGCGGUAGUGUUGCAUUUUACUCUCAUGUUGUCCUCGUCUUUUUCACCAACAAAGGAAAAACAUUCAAAUACUUCUUCGCGUCUAGAAAGCGUUUCCAACACGUGGACAAUGGACACUGAGACUGGUCCACAACUUAGUAGGAGCCAGUUUGUGUAUUCUCUCAAUAACAGGAAUAAUAGUGACAUUACUGUAUUAUUUGUGUUCUUUGACACUUGGAGGUACAAAAUGUUGAUUUGGCUUCAUAUGAUCAAGAUAAUAUUGGUAAACAAUAAAAUCAAAUAACCUGCCAGGUUAUGUCAGCAUUGUUCAGUUGUUUAGUGAGAUAAUGAUGGUAGAUACUGAAGUUAUGUGGUUAAGCACAUUGACGUUUAAUAGGCUGGAUGUCGAGACAGUAGCAGAAUAAACAGCAUACCUGCAUUCACUUUAGCUGAACAGGCCGAAUAAAGUAGGGCCAUUUAUUAAAUAAUGAAGCUGAAGGCCACCAGCUUCAUUAUUUAAUACAUGUGUGACAUUUCAAAGAGACAACCUUCACUUUAUGGUUUUGUUCAGACAACCAUUAACUUGUCUGGCCAAAAAGCUUUUCACUCAGUGUCUUCCUUCAUGUUUAUGGUGAGGGAAGUUUAUGAGGUAUAAUUUUAGCUUAUUUUUGUCCCACUACAGAAAGUUUCUCAGGAAACUCUGCAGUAUUUUAAGCCAGAUUUUGUGCAGUAUAGUAGUUGUGUAACAGCUAUCAGUGCUAUAUCAGUGUAACACGGAGUCCUGUUUUGUCACCCUCUGGGUGCAGAGAGAGUGUGGCUAAGCACCCGUCCUCCCAAAAACAAGAGGGAAAUCGAAAGUUGGUGAAGAAGUUCAUGAGUUUGAGCAGAGUGUGGUUUCUUCCUCUGAGUUCAGCAGUUCAUUCUUUCUGCAAGAUCAGGACAUGUUCCUCGGUCACCCUGGGUGUCACAUCUCCCUCACGCUAACAGCAGCAAGCACAGCAUCUCACAUGUCCCCCGGGAUGAUCCCACCUGGCAGCGGUGUGUGCGUGUGCAUAUGUGUGUGUAGCUGUGUGUGGGAGUGAGAGAGGGAAGGAGGGAGAAAAUUAGUUCUCUUCAUCACUGCAAAAGACCUGCGCUGCCUUUUCCCCAUCUUGGCUAUUAUUUUGCCUCUUGUCUCUUGCACUGAGCUCAUGUCCUAACUGCACUCUCUAUUGGCCAUGAUUUAUCUGAUACACAAUCUCCUGAAAUUUCUCUCUUCUUGCUGUAUCCCUCUAUCCCUGUUUUAUUCAUACUGCCUCUCCUCUUGCAGUAAACAUUUCUUUGUACUCUGCUCCCAUCUUUUUCAUCCUCAUUAUAUUGAGUCCUUUUGUUCCACCCACUUCACUUACUGUCAUGUUGUCUUAACAUCCCCACCUGUCACUCUCCCCCCUUCCACAGUACAUACCCUGCCCUCAUUUUGACAUGAAUAGCUGAAAAUGAGUACAUGGUGUGCAGAAAUGAAAAGUAAUGUGCAGAGGGAUAAACUGAGGUGCAGUUAUAAAAGGAACGUUGAUUUCAGAGAGGUUUAUCUGCGUGUAUGAAGUUGUAUCAGUCUUUAUUGUCACUUGUGGAUUUAUAUACCUUGUUCUGGCCAUGCAUACUUCAGCCGAUGUGCUUGCUGGCAUUGCUUUAAAAGUCACCGGCGCCUGUAUGUGUGUGCAAACAACAUCCAUGCGUGCCUCCCAUCCUUCCUGCGUGCGUGCUCUCCUCCUUCAAUUCUCUCCAGUCAUUCCCCUCCCACUGCCUCUCUCUCUCUCCAUCUCUCUCUCUCUCUCUGCUUCAACCAGACGCACAAACACUCUCUCACUGUGUCUGCUCCGCUCUAUGUAUCAUAGUCACCGUCUGUGCGUUCAAAGGAUUCGAGUGUGUCCACCUUUCCCUCCCUUCCAGCAUUAUUUCUGCCCCUGACUCUUGAUUUUUGCCCUGCCCAGCACGGAGCUGUGCGCGCGUGCCGCUGGGGGGGGGGGGAUUGGCUGACUCGAUAGGAGGAAAAAGAGACGGGAGAACUGUGCGGGCAGGAAGGAUGCGCUCGUUGCUGCAGCUUCUGAUUCAAUUAGCAUGAAUUUCACAGCAGAGGCAGUAGCGGCAGCAUCAUCACCAGACUCUCUCAGCAAGCCAGCUGCUGCACCUUGUGUCGGAGCUCUAUUGAGAGGACCAGUGGCUGCUUCUAAUCUGCUUCCCACCCUGGAGAGCACUGUUUAAAGGGGCAGAGAAACGGAAUUUUAUCCUCCAAGGUUGAAGAGCAGUCAGAAGUAGGACGGAGCGUGGUCACAAGUCCAAGGAUUAGGAGCAUGUUAUGUUGAACUGAACAUCAACCUCUCUGAUGCUUUGGUUGUGGUUUAAUCCUGUUAAGGUGUCUUUCUUGGUCCUGCUCUGCAUUCCAUGACCCAUAUUGAUUUGUUUGUCAGAAAAAAGGAGAGAAAUUCAGCAACGUCGCACUUGGAAAUAGCCAAUCGUUUUGCCCUCUUGUCGACAUCCCUUUUUUAAAUUUUUUUUUACUAUCCAGUCAUUUAUUCUCUUUAUUCAUCCCUUGUUUUUCUGAUUUCAGCUGCAGACUGAAAGGAUUCAGAGCUCUUUCAGGGAUUCGAAGCCCCAAAACAGGAUUUGGCUGCUCCUUCAUCGCAGCACCCUUGUCUCUGCUCUUAUUUUUUGCCUCUCCAGUUUGCACUCUGAUUUUACUUCUAUGUAUCUUUUUUUCAUUCGCCUGCUCUUCUGGUCUUCUAUGUUGGUUCCUAAAAGCUCAGAUGGGAUGGAAUGAGUCUUUUUCUUUGUGAUGCAGGCUUGGAUUAUGGGUGGAGAAGCCCUCUGAAGCUCUCCCCAAGGCAAAGGAAACCCUAUCAAACAAUUAACUCAAAGAGCUGUACACAAGACAUUUUUCAAGGAGCUAAAAUGGAGUCUUUUGUUCACUAAAUCAGUGCUGCUAAGCUUUGGUUAAUGGAUUUAGGUUGUUCUUUAAACAAAAUAGGUUAAGUUUAUUAUCAAAAGGUUUAAGUGUUUUGGGAGAGGAGUCGGAGUUGUUGUGGUUCUCAAGGAUCAAGUCAGACGCAUUUGGAUAUCAGCACUAGACUGUUGGAGAAUUCUUGGGGUUCUUUCAUUUCCGGAAGGAUUUUGUCUUUUUUUUCUGUUUUUAAUUCCAAUUGUUUUUGGGAUUUUCAAACCGGGAUCUUUUUUUUUUUUUUUUUUUUUGGCUUAUAUUUUUAUUCUGAAUUUUCCUUUCCUCCCCGGGCUGGAAGGCUGGGGAUCAUGGGCCCAGGAUUCAUUUAAGAUGUUCACUUCCUGUGUGUGUCGUAUGAGGGGGAGGGGCCUUACAAUCCUUUCAGGCCCCACCCCUAUGGAACAGGAGGUGGAAGUGGAGGUGGAUGGAGGGUUACUAAUGGUAUCCAGGCCAAGUGCGGCAUCACCUGUGGUGUGGGCUAGUCCAGCAUUCCUGUUUAGGCUGGUGCUCUCUCUGGCACUGCUAGUUUUCCCGUGCCCAGCCGUGGCCGCACGAGUCUCUUCUUCCCUCAGUACCACCCACCAUGUCCACCACUUCCACAACAAGCAUGGCACUGUGCCCAUUGCCAUCAACCGGAUGCCCUUUCUUACACGUGGGGGCCAUGCUGGGACAACAUACAUCUUCGGGCGAGGCGGAGCCCUCAUCACAUAUACCUGGCCACCCAAUGACCGGCCGAGCACACGGGCAGACCGGCUGGCAGUGGGCUUCAGCACACAGCUGAAGGAGGCUGUUCUGGUCAGGGUGGAGAGUGCCAGGGGACUGGGAGAUUACCUGGAGCUGCACAUAGAACGGGGAAAGGUCGGCGUGAUCUUCAACGUGGGAACAGACGAUAUAACCAUCGAGGAGAGUGCGGUGAUGGUGAGCGACGGCAAAUACCACGUGGUGCGAUUCACACGCAGUGGUGGAAACGCCACGCUACAGGUGGACAACCAGCCCGUCAUUGAACGUUUCCCCUCAGGGAACUUUGAUAAUGAGCGCCUGGCUAUUGCUAGACAAAGAAUCCCAUACCGACUUGGUCGGGUAGUUGACGAGUGGCUACUCGACAAAGGUCGCCAGCUGACCAUCUUCAACAGCCAAGCGUUCAUCAAAAUCGGUGGUGGAGAGAAAGGGCGCCACUUCCAGGGCCAGAUCUCAGGCCUGUACUACAACGGCCUGCAGGUCCUCAAACUAGCAGCCGAGGGCGACCCCAACGUCCAGACCCAGGGCAACCUGAGGCUGGUGGGUGACGUGCCCUCGGUGCUGACUACCGACACCACCUCCACCACCCCGCUGGCUGAUAUGUCCACCACAAUCAUGGAGACAACCACCACCAUGGCCACAACCACCACCCGCAAACAGCGCUCGCCAACCAUGAGGGACAGUGUGACACAGAAUUCAGACGACCUCCUGGUAGCAUCGGCUGAAUGUCCUAGCGAUGACGAAGAUUUGGAGGAGUGCGAGCCUGGAAAUGGAGGUGAAUUAGUGUUGCCCAUUAUUACAGUGGACUCCCUAGACCCCCCAUCUAUCGCCACCCACUACCCAGUAAUACCCCCGCCCCCCACCACUUACCGCCCUUUCCUCACCCUGCUUGAAACCACCAAAGAAUCCCUCCCCUUGCCCAACGGCCGGCCCCCUUGCCCCUUGGACCAGGAGGACUGCGAGGAGACCAUCGAGGUGUCGGCGUACGGCUCGGGGGAGAUGACCGAGUCAGAUGACGAGGACUAUUACAAAAAUUCCGCCCUGGUCACCGACAGGACUGUCCUCCCCCCUCCCCCGGCCGUCGAGGGUGGCGUCCAAAACCCCCGAGACCGCCAUUUCUCCCGCUUCCCCAACUCCCGCCCCCCUCUCUCCUCCACCCCCACAGCCAACCCCGAUCAGCUGAACCCGCGCAUCAAGUCAGCCGGCGGCGGCAGCAGCAGUAGUAGCAACAACAUCCCUGCCGGGAAAAUGAACACCCGGGACCAAGUGCUGCUGCCGCCGGCCCAGCCCUCUUUGGAUCCAGGCCACCGUAGAGUCCCAGGUAUAACCUAUCCCCCAAAUUUCCCUCAUGUUCCCACUCCAGACCCCACGUCUCCAGAGAGAGGGCUCCCGGGUGCCGUAGAAGUGCAGCAGUCGAGCAGCACCACCGGGAUGGUGGUGGGCAUCGUGGCAGCCGCUGCCCUCUGCAUCCUCAUCUUGCUGUACGCCAUGUACAAGUACCGCAACCGCGAUGAGGGCUCCUAUCAGGUGGACCAGAGCCGUAACUACAUUAGCAACUCAGCCACACAGAGCAAUGGGGCCCUGGUGAAGGAGAAACAGCCCAGCACUGCCAAGACGGUCACCAAGAACAAGAAGAACAAAGACAAAGAGUACUACGUCUGAGGGAGUGCCGCCGUGACACACAGGGGCAGACAGCAGAGCACUUAGAAAAGGAAAGAGACGGCGGGGAGAAGGAGGGAGAGAAGGCAGUAUGUGGGAAAACUGCAAACACAUCACAGUGGCUAAUUCAUUUCAAACUUCAAGUAUUGUCAGGUGCUCAUAUGUGUUACCAGUUCAUCUCGAAUCAGAGGGAGGCAGCGAAAUGAGAUGGCACAGUGACAUCACAGCUCUCCUCACACAUUUCCACAUUGCUUUGAUUGAUUAGACUAAACUUCAGUUGCAUUCAAUGCUAACCACAGUGUGGAUUUAAGGAAAGGCUAUUACAUCUCUACACAUACCGUGCCAACAACCACGUAGCAAAUGCUGAUAAAGCAGUGAUUCAUGGGUUAGCAUUUGACAAGCUGCUUAAUAUCCAGAGUACUGUAGGAAAGCAUCGCCAUCAGUAUUUGUGUCAAGGCCUGUACUUGAUUCUGAGGAGAACCUGCGUCACCUUAGACAGUAUCAAACAGAUUUUUUUUCCAACCGGCCUCAAAUUAGCAGAUCAAUAUACUGCCAGCUUAGAGAAACACUGUGUCAAAUCCAGCUCCUCCUCCUCUGUAAGUGUUCGACACCUCCGAUCUCUCGCCUCUCAUCGGAUCUCUCUCUCUCCUUCUCGUUCACCCACGAACUCUGUUUCUCUCCUUGUCUACGGUGCCCAGCAGCCGAUGCGAUGUAAACUCUGCCGUGUUUCAAGCAUGUAGUAUUCAUUUACGAAAAAGAGAUAAACUGUUUUUCCUUUCUGUGGAGUUUAAAAAAACAAAAAAAAUAUGACGCCGAUGACUGAUGAUCGUAACAACAUUAAAAGUAGCAACUACGUGAGAUGCCACCGCUCCAACCUAACGGAUGCUAAAUUGUACGUUUAGCCGCCAAAAACUCAUCGAGGCCAAAAAAACCACCCCUUUGGUCGUCCUUUGUUCCAGCAGAUCUGUGUCAUGUGUAUCUGGGGCUCUGAGGUGCCCCCUAGUGGGCCAGCAGAGAAACUGUCACGUCCUUACAAGUUACUAAUCACCGAAAAACAGAAAAAACCUCCAGCAAACAAGAUGAACUCUGUUCUAUAUAAUUAUAAAUAUAUGUAUAGACGUUGCAGAAACAUAUGGACCUAUGUGAACGAAUCAAAAGGUGCGUUUGCUGAGACGUGCACAGCAAAAGAUGGGAUUCUUGAACAGCUUCACCGUCCAACCCCCCCGUUCCUCAGACCCCUGCCCCCCCACUUCAUGAACAGUGCGGCUGAUGGAAUGCCUUGCUGCAAGACUCAGUCACUUUGGUUUGCUCUUUUCUUUUCUUUUUUUAAAUUUCUUUUCGUUUCUGGAGGAAUGAGAGACAUUUUAGGGAGAUUCUGAAUUCAUUCGUGUUGGAGUUCCACUGUGGAGAGAGAUACCUUGCAGCAGCUGAAAAAGAGCAACUGUGUCGUUCGCCCCUCUCUAGCCUGACUGGACUGACGGCAGCCCGCGGGCAAAGCGAACUUAAUGGGAAGAGCACACAAAUAAAAGGAGAACAGCAGUUCCCUGAAAGAUGUACAACAGAACUCUAGUAUUCCAAUUUUCUCAAGUCUAUUAAGAAAAGAAAACUGUACCAUGAAAAGAAAAAUUCUGAAAAAAGUUUGUGAAAUGUCUAAAUAUUUGACUUUCAUCCCAUUACUAAGAGAAGUGUGUUUUCCCUACUAUCAUUCCUGUUUGGAGAAAAAAAAUAACUAUGAUUCUGGGAAACUGAAAUUUCUAUGUAUUUUCUUUUGGUACCUGAGCAAAUAUGAUUUGGGUUAUGAACAUGAAACCAUGCAUUCUCCUUUUCCAGAGGAGAAAAUGUCCUCUUUUAUCCUCCAUCUGUCAUCCUUAGCCUCUUUCUUUGUUCUUCAUGCAUUCCUUUUUCUCCGUAGAGAUCGUAUGUCCCCGUAUCCUGUGAGGAAAGCAGGUUUUAUCCAUCCUCUGAUUUUUAUUUACUUUAAUUUGUUUUAUAUCUAUUUCUGUCUAUAUGGCGAGAGACAAGACGGUAGUCAUUUCACUUGACGGGCUCCGUCGUUACUCUCUUCUGCCACGUUUGUCUGGUUUCUCUCUUUCUCCAUUCUGAGCAUACUCUCCCAGUAUCUUCCUGUUCUUUCUAAAUGUUAUUGUAAAGUGUUCCAGUGAGAUGACUCUAAAUAUGUGUACAUUAACAGAGGGAAUACACUUGGUUAUAUACUUCUUA